UAACUGUUCCAAUGGGUAAUCUAACGACCAAGAUAAAGAGGAACAAGAACGAACGUUCCCGCAUUUUCAUCAGCUCCGCCGCAGAAACCCCCACAAACAUUGAUAAUAAACUCUUGUUUAAUAAUGAUGAGGAAAUCGACCGAGUUCAAGUGGAACAUCACAUGUACCGUACGGUGUGGGGUGGAAACUUCUUAUCACCCGUCCGAGAGAUGCUAAUGGAGGGCGGAGCCACGGUUUUGGAUUUUGGUUGUGGUCCAGGGACAUGGACGUGCGACAUGAGUUCCGAUUUUCCAAAAUCUACAUUCGUCGGCGUAGAAGUUGCAUCAUUGUUUCCCACCAUAUACCCUUCUAACGUUCAAUUCAUCAAGUGCGACCUUAAUGGCGGUCUUCCGUUUAACGAUAAUCAGUUUGAUUUCGUGUACUUGCAAUUAAAGUAUCUCAAUUAUACCAAGAGUCAAUGGAACAAUUUGGUGAUACAAGAAUUGGUGCGAGUCUUGAAGCCGGGCGGGUGGAUAGAGCUUUUUGAACUGGAGUGUGACGGGAUAAAUAAUGGUCCAAUUUCAAAAAAAUACGUGAGCCUUUUCCGAGAAGCUUGCUCAAGGAGGGAUCUUGACCCUGACUUGGUCUUUCACUUACCUCAAAUAAUCACUUCCACAAAAGGCAUUGAUCCCACGACCCUGCGACAAGUCAGCAAAAUCGUCCCGUUAGGUCCUUGGGGUGGAAAACUUGGCGAAAUCAUACAGAACAAUUGUGUUAAAUUAAUGAGAAAACAGAAUAUUGUGUUGCGCAUAACAGAGAAGGAGGCCCGGGAGUUGGUUGAGAAGCAACAGCACGAGCUGUGUGUUUACAAGACAUCGAUCAAGUUAUAUCGAUUUUAUGCGAUGAAGAGUUUGGGAAAAUGA